ACCGUCAGAGACGUCGUGUAGCAAACAUCGCCAUGAAGCGUUCGAGCUUGACGAGCCACCGCCCUUGCACACGCCGGCUCUGAGGAAAAAGUCCAUCCGCCUCGCCGAGCAAAGCCGAGCGCCGAUGACGUCCAACUCGCCGCUGCGGCGCGUGCUCUCAACGCCCAAGAUGCCGCACUUGAGCCCGGACUGUGCGCUGAGCGACCGGCCAGAGACACCUCUCGUUGAAGUGCCGCGGGCGACAACCGUGCCACUCGUCGCCGUGCGCCAGUGGGCACCGGACGAGUGCCACCCACGCACGGCCAUCGGGAACAAACGACAAUUGGCAGAGCCGCACACAAAGUCGACGCCGACGCUGGGAGCGUACAAAGCCGCGCCGCUCUUUGUCGAGCCAAUAGCACUGGCUGCGCGCAUGCAUUUGCCAAUGGAAGCCACGGCCAAGCGACCUCGGUCCAAGCCUACGAAAUCGAUGGUGUCAAGGCCGUCGGUGGCACCCAGCGACGUUCCGAAGGAGAGUAUCUCACCGCCCAAGCACAAGCCAACAUCACUGCUCGAGCACCAUGCAGCCAUGACGCUGCAGCGGUACUUUCGGCGCAACCUUCUCACACCGUCUCAGGUGCAGACGGCGACGCGCACCCAGCCCCGCGACGUUGACAACAGCGCCGCGCUCAGCGCCGCGUACGAAGCGCGCGAGGCAGAGACAGCGCACCUGCGUACGAUCCAAGUCCACUACUGCACCGGCCUCUCGCACCAGGAAGCGGGCGAGUGGGAGCUGGCAGAAGAGAGCUAUGCCCUAGCCCUCGACGUUCCCACAAGCGCCUCGUUUGCCACCAUUCGCGUCAAUCUCGCAAGCGCGUGCUUGAGCCAAGGCAAGUUUGCCGACGCCCAGCGCAUCCUCUCGUCGGCCGUCGCGAUCGCGCCCACGUGCGUCCCUGCCUUGUACAACCAUGGCCUCGCCGACUGGCACAUGGGGGACUUGCAUGCCGCGGCCACCAAGUUUACCAAGGUGCUCACGCUGGCACCGUCCCACGGCAAAGCCAUUUACGCGCUGCACGUACUCAAAAGCAAGUUCGACACCGUCAUACACGAUUAAGAAAGACGCGUGGUGC